ACAAGACUAAACUUUCCAGUAGUAAAAUACCAACAGCUUCUGCAUAACACAAGGGAGAGAGGGCAGGAGAGCGGGCAAAGAGCUCUGUGUCUCCUGUAUUACUAAAGCCAGCACCUGGAAUCACACUCUCCAGAUGGGAAUGGACCCCAGCAGCAGGAUGCCUCCUGCCUCCUUUCUCCCCAUGACUGUUGUUUUCCUUCUCAUUUCUGGAGUUUUUCCAGAAUCCUGUAAAGGAAUUAUAGGAGGAAAUGAGGUACCACCUCAUGCCAGACGCUACAUGGCUCUAAUCAAAGGGCUGGGAAUCUGCGCAGGGGCUUUGAUCAACGAAAACUGGGUCCUGACCGCUGCUCACUGUGACCUGAGAGGCAAGCCUCAAAUUAUCCUUGGUGCCCACUCUGCAUCACAGGAAGAGAAACUUGAACAGAUGUUUUCCAUUAAAAGGGCAAUUUCCUACCCAUGCUAUGAUCCUGAGACAUUUCACGGCGAUCUUAAACUCCUUCAGCUGGAUGGUAAAGCAGCUAUAACCAAGGCUGUGGGAAUACUUCACCUCCCCAAAAGAGGAGAGGAUGUGAAACCCCACACCAAGUGUCAUGUGGCCGGAUGGGGGAGCACCAAAAGAGAUUCUUGCAAGGUUUCCAACAUCUUGAGAGAAGUCAACCUCACUGUGAUUGACCGGAGAGUCUGCAACAAUCCAGAGCAUUACGAUUUCAAACAGUUGGUGGACAACAGUAUGCUCUGUGCUGGCGGCAGGCAAGGGGAAGACGAUUCGUGCAGUGGGGAUUCUGGAAGCCCUCUGAUAUGUAAUAACAUUUUCAGGGGUGUCACUUCCUUUGGGAAAUGUGGUGACCCCAAGAAACCUGGUGUCUACAUUCUCCUUACAAACAAAUAUCUCAACUGGAUACAGAAAACCAUUGCAGGAGCCAUGUGACACCAUUCCUUGGAAGCAGACCCCCGAGGUUACCACUUGAAGAGAUCAAGCAAAGGGGCCUGAAAUGUCACCUAUGCCAAGAAGCACUUGCCAGCCUUCCUAACUGCUCUACCCACAGCCUGUCUAACAUGAUCACCAGCCACAUGCUUGCCCUGCUUUGUCAGUCACGAAGACUGCAACUUCGCAUUUACCUCCCUCUGUGACAAGAGCGAGCCCUGAGAAGAGGGGCCUCGGUUCAGAAUCACUUUGCUUUGCUCAGAAAGUAGGGGCUGAUGCUAUUUAAAAGAAACCAAUCCUGGGGAAAAGCCAAAAUAUUCUCGGCUCUCCUAAAUACAGUCCCAAAUACCUGUGA